CAAAACGAUACUGAUUCGGAAGCGGGGCUUGGAGCCGUGUGAACAGUCCUCAGGGGUUUCUCUGUCUCCUAUAGUCCACCAUGAUGUGAUAUACUUUCAUUUUUUCGCUUUUCUUACAAAUAAGGGGAAUUUCCUUAUGCCGGAAGUCCCAUAGACUUACAUUGCAAUACAAAGUCUACGAGACUUCCGGCAGUUCCGUAUACCGCACGGAGUUGCCGGAGUUUGGAGAUGGGGUCGUGUCUCCCACCUCAGAGGAGAAGCCCCCGGCAGUAUGUGAUCGCCAGACCAACAGGGUGCAAGUGCCUCCCCCACCCCGGAGAAGACCGACAUUCAACUUCUACUCCGUCACGUUGUCCUGGCUUCAUAAAAGAGUUUAUACAGCAAGAGAACUAACACCCCCCCCCCCCAGUCUAGAGACUAUUUCUGGAUAAUCGCAGACAAGCGUGUAGCCUCCGCGCCUUGUCCACUACCGGAGGAGACGGAUGAGCUGUUGUCUGCCUGGACACCUAGGGGGACAUCACUGAUGGAAUAGUAGGGGAUUGAUCGAACCUCCUAAUUGUCAGGAUUACAACACUGCCUUAAAUUUCUCCUGCCAUACGAGCUGGAUCAGCAGGGUGGACAUGGCCAGCCUACUUAGCAGCUUCAUCUUACUAUUUCUUAUAUUACAGGACAGCUGUUACUGUUUCAGGAGCCCCCUCUCAGUAUUUGAAAGGUAUCAGGAAUCCCCCAGUACCCUUUUAAAUGGAUGCUCAGGACCAACAAGGCCGGUUAUAUCACCAGACUCCACAGACUUUACUCUGGAUAUACGAAUGCCAGGAGUAACGCCAACGGAGUCUGACACCUAUCUCUGCAAGUCUUACCGGCUGCCGCUGGAGAAUGAAGCCUAUGUAGUUGACUUCAGGCCUCAUGCCAAUAUGGAUACUGCACAUCACAUGCUCCUGUUUGGAUGCACCUCCCCCGCUUCCACUGAAGAAUACUGGGACUGUGGAGCUGGACCCUGCACAGAUAAAUCGAGUAUUAUGUAUGCUUGGGCAAGAAAUGCACCACCAAAAAAGCUUCCAAAAGAUGUUGGAUUCAGAGUUGGAGGAAAUUCAGGCAUCAAUUAUUUUGUUCUUCAAGUUCAUUAUGGGGACAUCAAAGCAUUCCAAGAUAAACAUAAAGACUGUACAGGAGUGACUGUAGACAUCACCCUAAAAAAGCAGCCGCUGAUUGCUGGCAUUUAUCUUUUGAUGUCUAUGGACACUGUAAUACCACCAGGUGAAAAGGCUGUGCAUUCAGAUAUCGCCUGUGCAUAUGAAAGACCAACCAUGCAUCCAUUUGCCUUCAGAACCCAUACUCAUUCGUUGGGUCAAGUUGUAAGUGGGUACAGAAUCCGUAAUGGCAAGUGGACAUUAAUAGGAAGACAGAGCCCACAGCUACCACAGGCAUUUUACCCUGUAAAAGAUCCAGUUGAUGUUCGUCCUGGAGAUAUUCUUGCAGCCAGAUGUCUUUUCACUGGGGAGGGCAGAACAUCCAAUACCUAUAUUGGAGGAACAGCAAGCGAUGAAAUGUGCAACCUAUACAUUAUGUAUUACAUGGAUGCUGCACAUGCCAGUUCAUAUAUGACAUGUGUACGUACAGGGGACCCAAAACUAUUUCAACACAUCCCUGAAAUAGCCAAUAUUCCUGUGCCUGUUAGCCCUGAAAUGAUGAUGAUGGGGCAUGGCCAUCACCAUGAUAUGAAGGAACCAGAAGCAAGAAACAUACAGGAACAGCCUAAAAGAGAAGAGGAAGAAGUGCUAGAUCAGGGUGAUUUCUAUUCCGUCCUUUCCAAACUCCUUGGCGAAAGGGAAGAUGUUGUUCAUGUCCAUAAAUAUAACCCCACUGAUAUUAUAGGAUCUGAUCUUGUAGCAGAGAUCACUAAUGUGGUACAAAAGAAAGACCCUGGCUGGUACAUAUCCAGACAAGUCUUAGCACAUGACGAGAGGCCUGAUGCCAUUCUGGUCAGAGAUCGAAUUCACAAAUUCCACAAGUUAGAAUCCACACUGAGACCACCAGGCAAUAUGCUGUCCCUGGUUCAGCCAGCUAGACGUCAUCAAGUGGACAACCAGCAUCCAGGAGAUUAUCACUUGGAGGAAGACACUGACUGGCCGGGAAUAAACUUAGAAAUAGGGCAGGUGUCAGGGCUAGCUCUGGAUCCCAACAACAACCUGGUUAUAUUUCACAGAGGUGACCAUGUCUGGGAUGACAACUCAUUUGACAGAAAGUUUGUUUAUCAACAACGAGGGAUUGGACCUAUUGAAGAGGGCACCAUCCUGGUGGUGAAUCCAAACAGCUCUGCCAUUCUGCAGUCCACUGGCAAGAACCUAUUUUAUCUGCCCCAUGGGUUAACAGUUGAUACAGAUGGCAACUUUUGGGUCACUGAUGUUGCCCUUCACCAGGUUUUCAAGAUUGGGCCUCAUGGCGUGCUGCUUUUAACACUGGGGGAAGCUUUUCAGCCUGGCAAUGACCAAAGGCAUUUCUGUCAGCCAGCUGAUGUUGCAGUAGAUCCCAUAACCGGGAACUUCUUUGUAGCUGACGGUUAUUGCAAUAGUAGAAUUAUACAGUAUUCACCCAAUGGGAAGUUUAUCAUGGAGUGGGGAAAAGAACCAUCUUUCAGGAUUGCUAAACCUGGUGAAUUCCGUAUUCCACAUAGUCUCGCUAUGAUACCCGAUCAAGGGCAGUUGUGUGUGGCUGACAGAGAAAAUGGACGAAUUCAAUGUUUUCAAGCAGAGACUGGACGUUUUGUCAAAGAAAUCAAACACAAAGAAUUUGGAUCAGAAGUUUUUGCAGUCUCUUAUAUUCAAGGUGGAAUAUUAUUUGCAGUCAAUGGCAAGUCCUAUUGGGAUUCUGUGCCUGUGCAAGGCUUUGUGAUGAACUUUUCAACCGGAGAGAUUCUGAGCACAUUUGUUCCAGUUAGAAAGAGUUUUAACAUGCCUCAUGACAUUGUCGCAGCAGAAGAUGGAACAGUUUUUGUUGGAGAUGCUCACGCUGAUACCGUAUGGAAAUUCUCUCCCUCAGAAAUUGAUGAGCAUCGAUCAGUGAAAAAGGGUGGCAUAGAAGUUGAAGAAAUAACAGAAACUGAAAUUUUGGAGACACAUGUGAAAACCCGACCCAAAUUAAACAGUACAGCCGGAGAACAGCACCAUGCACAACAGCACCAUGCAGAACAGCACCAUGGACAGGCGAAGCAAGCAGUUCUUGAACAAGGCCGCAUUGGGGUCCCUUUCGUCCUCAUUAUCACUCUGUUAAUAAUUCCCGUAGUGGUCCUUGUUGCUAUUGCAGUAUUUAUACGCUGGAGGAAGGGCAGAAUAUAUGGGGGUGACGUUGAACACAAAUCCGAACCAUCAUCUGGAGGGAUCCUAGGAAAACUAAGAGGCAAAGGAACUGGAGGACUCAAUUUAGGAACUUUCUUUGCAAGUCACAAAGGAUACAGUCGAAAAGGUUUUGACAGACUAAGCACAGAAGGCAGCGACCAAGAAAAGGAUGACGACGAUGGCUCAGAUUCAGAAGAAGAGUAUUCUGUACCCACUAUCCCACCAGUGCCAGUAUCUUCUUCCUGAAACUAUUACUUCCACUCAACCCUUGGCCCUUUAGCACGUUUAAGAUUGUGUAUUUAAUUGUAACUGUACUAGUCUCUGUGGGCUGUACAAGUGUCAUGUUUUCUUUAUUUUCCCUUAUGAGUGCAGUUGUAGUCUUUAUGUGAACAUUCAGACCCCCUUUUGUUAUCACUAUAGGAAGCUUCUUAGACAAUGUAAUUCUUAUGUUUUUGGUUCAUUGGGAGUUCUUCAUUGUUUUUGGGCCUUUUUCCGCUUCUCCAAUAGCACUUUAAUUGCCAAUUUAUUGUUUCCAUGCCUUUAAAGUCACUUCUAAUCGCAGUACAAAGAUGUGUGCCACAUAAAAUGCAAAGCUGCUAAAUCUCUUCUAUUUUUUUAAAUUCACAAUAGGAUAUAGCGUCCAAAAAUAAUUAAAACUGUAAAGAAAAAAUAUAAAAAAAUAUAUAUUUAAUUUUUGUUUUGGUGUUAUUGGGAUGUCUUAUUUUUAGAUGGUUACACUGUUUAGAACACUAUUUUCAGAAACUGAAUGUACUUUGUGUAAUAAAGUGUUCGCAGAGCAUUAAA